CUUAACGUUCUAUUUCACAAAAUAUGAACGAAGCUGAUUCCAGUGAGAUUUCAUCGUUGUAAGUUGUACCUUUCUUCUCUUGCUUGAAAAGUCAAUCAUCAACAUUUUUAAAAUUAUUAAAACAAUCAAUAUGAAACUUUUUGUAUCACGAGUAGUUUUAUGUGUUUUACUCGUCAAUGAAUUCGUAGAUUCUGAGAAUACCCAAAACAGGCAGGAAGACGAAUCCUUAGAAUUUCAAGUUUAUAUCUCAAAAUUUGCACCAGAGUUCCAGCUGAAAGCAUCUCGCAUGUAUCAUGAGCGUUUAAUUAAUUGUCGGGAAGCUGAAUUUAUUCGUCGACAGAAAAAAAUAAAUGAAACAAUUACAAAACUAAUAAAAGAGACGGACCCUGAUCGAUUCAUUUGCACAGCAUGCAGUGUGAAAGAUGCUUUUCAGAAGGUAUGGACGAAUCAUGUGAAUCUGCAUGCUCUUAAUCAAACAAAAGGCAUAAAAGAAUUUAGUGCAAUCGUUAAAAAUCCUCCUGAAUUAGCGGAAAAACAAAUCCAUUGCCCACAACCAAACCAUGAAAAGUUUAUCCGCGAGAGAUACCCAAUAUGGUUGCAUUACAUCAAUAAAAAUGAAAGCAAGUUCGCUAAUAACCUCAGGCUAAAAUUAAAGGAAGCUGGUUGGAGCCAUGAACAAUUUGCAUGGAGUGGAUCGAAGGUUUAUAAACAUUAUCAAUUGUAUUCCCAUCAAUCUCAAUCUGAUGCAAUAGUUACAUUCGACGAUUUGUAUGCGAUUGAAAAAUUAGCGAAAGGCAAAAUUGAUGAAAUCUACACCUAUGAUAGUGAAGUUAUAAUACGUAGUGAUAAUCAUAUGAAAAUAUUAAAACUUAUAAUGGAAAAUAGCCCGAUAGAGCCAGAACUCAUGGACUAUCUAGAAGAGUUAAAUGAUUGGUACAUAAGUAUAGAAGACUGCCGUAUUAUUAGCAUCGUGAAAGCAGUUUUGAACAACGGGCAGAUCGAAUGCAGAAUAAUGAAGAAAUAUCCAGAUCGAGCAGUACCCUUCUUUAAAAUAGGACGUUCACGCAUGUACAAUGAAGGAUGCCUUCCGUUCAUUGGUAGCACCUGCGGGUGAGAAAUGAUAUCCUAUACUUUUGUGGGUGACUGAUGUUCUCUACAAAAGUGUUGGAUAUCUUACUCUUUAGAAAAACAGUGGUGGGAUGACUAAGAAACUACUCACUCAUCAUCAUUUCCAAAAGAAUUGCCCAAGAAGAUAGAAUGAAUGGUGCAGGCUGGGAGAGGCUUUUGCCCUAUUCUAGGGCCACGAAUGUUAUGUCGCACCUUGGGAGCAAUAAGGUUACAUCUCAAAAAGUGAAAUUUUACAGGAGAUUGAUUUUCUUUUUUUUAAAAACUUGAUUCAUUAUUUUUAUCAACUUAUAAUUAAUUGUGAGGAAUGAAUCGCACCUCAUUUUAAAGAUCUGGUAUCCCACUUUUGUUUAGCAUAAGAACACUUUGAAAAAUAAAAUCUUAAAGAGGAAAUAUUUCAAUGUUUGGAAAACAUUUUGAGUUAUAACCUUUCAUUAAAGUUGAUGUGGAGGCGAAAGGAAGCGCCCAAAAAAAUGUCAUGUUAACAAAGUUGUAGAGAAUUAAAUUUCCGAUCGACAUAAUGUCGUUAGUUUUUUUCUAGAGUGCUUAGUUUUUGAGUUUUUCUCAAGAAACUAAAAUUCAUUAAAUGUGCAAAUUCAUUUGUCUGAAAAGUGAUCAAUUUGAAAUUUUUUUCUCCAUUUGGUACAAACCAAUAAAAAAUGCACUUCUCGUGACUAUUUAUAUCUGACAAACAUUCAAAACGAUCAAAACUGUAAAAUUUGCUCAAAAAAGGUGGAGUUUUUGAGAUGUACCCUUAUAACUCCAAACAACUUGCAAUGUUGUUGGGAUUUUGAGUUAGGCCAUUUGCGUUUUUUACAAUAUCUAGGGAAUGUACCCAACUCAAAGUGUUAUUGGUUGAGGGGGGUCAUAUAUACAAACCCCAAAAAUGUAAAAAUGUCAAAAUCGAUUUUUUUUUAGAUGUAACCUUAUUACUCCCGAGGCGCGAUGUAAUCAUCUUAGGUACUAUUGUAAAAAAAGAAAACACUUGUAAAUAAAUGAAGCUUUUGAUUGA